AAAUCUCAUCUUCUCCUCCUUAACCCAACUUACGACAUGGACGAAGAAGACCCCCUCGCCAACUUUUCCAUCGCGGACGUCUCCUCUGACGAAGCUGAGGCAGACACAAAGGAAACUCGCCGCACUGGUCAGACAGAGGAGGCGUGGAGAGCCAUCCAGCGUGACUACAAGACGAAAGUUGAAAACGGCGAUAUACAUAAAAAGAUCAAAUUGCCUCUGGGUCCGGGGGCUUCCAAAAUGGACAUCCAGGAGCUCAUCCAUGCUGUCGAGGAGUUGUACUUCUUCCGCCGUUACCAUGAGGCUGCACAAUUAGCCACCGAGGCUCUCGCUGGGAGCGAUGGGCUUGAUAGAGACUCACGGCAGCUCUUGGACGCCUAUCAGGGGAAAUGCCAAAUCAAGCUCAACCUACAAUCAUGA